CAUCCCUAAUUUUUUCAGUGACCCCUGAACUAUAACAACUUGGGUCAAUGUUGGUCAACGAAAUCUGAGUCCCGAUAGGGAUAUAAUUAAUUGUAUAUUCCUGGCCACUCUGGCACACUAUUGUUCCAGUGCCAAAAUGGUCAAUUUGUGUAUCAAAACAGUUUGGCCACUGGCGCUAUUGGUGGGCCUUACUAGUGCCUACAAAAAUGUGCGUCUCCAGGAUAACAUGUGCUCAGACAAGCUAAUCUACACACUGGCCAAGCCUUUCCGUGGCGACCCCACACUGCGACUGGAGUUCGAUGAUGACUCCGGAUCAAUUGUAACACAGGCUUGGAAUGUAACACUACCCCACGGCCAUGGGGGUAAUAGGAUAAAGUAUGACUGCCAGUUUAGAGUAGUGACUAAUGAGCGCCCGCCGCGAGGAAUUUACACCAUCAUAACACGGCUCAAGUUUCGGCGGGAUCCAGUGACGAAUAAGUGCAUCGACUAUAUCCAGUUCAGCAGCGGAAAUCGGUCGCCCAGCGAGCGCAUCUGCACGGACAUCUCCAUCGAUGGGCCCGCCGGACGGCUAAUCUUUGACCAGCGGGACCGUGAAGUUAAUGUGCACAUAUUUAUCGACAAAGCGAGGCACAUUCUCGGCGACCCACUCGAACUGCGAAUGGUUCUCACUGCCCACUCCGAGUGCCAGUUCAACGGCGACUUCCUGUGCGAUCCCAAUGACCAGUAUUCGUGCAUUUCGAGGCACUUUGUGCGGGACAACAUCACCAAUUGCCUGUAUCCAUGUCGCGAUGAGGGCACCUGCUUCCAUGAUGCUGUGGUGCCAGAAGAGUACGACACGGCCAAUGUGGCCAUUUCGGCGCUGACAUCGCUUAUCUUUACCAUGCUGGGCGUGGGUUUCUGCGUGUGGAUCUGUUGGAAAUAUUGGAACUGCAUUACAGUGCAACAGCGGGCACACGAGGCCUCCGCCGCACGUUUCGAUCAGCGACGGGCAAGGUCGGAUGUACCCACAAUAGAGUUGCCCUCAGCUGCGCAGUACGACGACGGUGUACUGUCCGAGCACGAUUCCCAACACCAGCAUCCAGCAACACCGAAGGAUCUGCCACCUAGUUACGAGUCCCUUUUCCCGGACAGAUAAAGACUUGCGACAGGAUUAGUUCCGAUUUGUGCCAGAUCAGCAAGUACUUGGCAUCGCACACUUGUUGUAUUAGUCCUAUUAGGUAAUUUUAUCUCUCUAAACAGAUCAGCAUUCCAUGUAAAUAUGUUAGGACUGAUUUUAUGUUUUGUGAUUAGCGUUAGCGAUCGAACGUCUAUUUUGUCAAUGUGUUCACUACGAACCGAUUCCGAAAUACUCUUACUGAGAAUCUCCAUAUUUUUACUAUUGUAUAUAUUUAAGUUUUAUGUUCUUCAAAACGAGUAUUAUGAAUGUUUAUCGUGCAGCUGUUAAAUCUGCCUUUUGGCAAGUCGAAUUGUUUACACACUGAUGAAUUCUCACAGAAGGUAUAUGUACACACAGAAUACUCUACAAAAUGUAUCAAUUAUUUAUCUAAGCAAAAAAAAAAAUUAUUGAUAAGUAAGCCACAAUGUACUCGUCACUGUAUUAGCUAGCGUAAAUAUUCCAAGGUCCAGGCGUUCCAUCUGAAAGGCCAGAAAGCAAUUGGCCAAGUAUUCCAUAUAGUUGUACCUGUUUCUGUACUGCAUAGACGUAUGUUAUGUAUACCACGCGCUUGUAGAUGUCUUUGUUGUGAGCUGGGCCGAAAGUGUCAAUUGUUUAAUCGAGAUUGUCGAAAUAGAAAAGAAAUUAUAUUAGUAAGCACCUGUGCUCAUGAGAUAUGUAUGAACUACAGUAUUUACUCCAAAUAUGUAACUGCAAUGAAAAUGGAGAGAUCCAAGCGAAGCAGCACGUUUGUGGUCAGUAGGUAUUAAGCCAAUUAACUCAUAUGUAUACACACGCAACUCACUCAAAUACGUAUUAACUGAUAAAUAAACCAACUAAAUCUCAA